AGUUACCAGACAUAAGCGAAACAAUAACAGUUGCUGGUGACUUUCUAUCCGAAACCUUCACCGGCAACUUGAGCCUCCGGGCGCGUAUCUAAGCGCGUAAAGACCGUUCCGCGUUCAUCGGGGGGGGAAACAACGCGCUGCACUUUUAAUCAGAUUAGGAGCCUUUAAUUUUCAACCCUGCUUUUUUUGUGCUUGUGUUGCCUACAGUAGCGGCGCAGGAGUGGCCACAGCCAAAAGCAGCGAUUCAGAUCAGAUUUCACCUCAACCAGCUGGGAGAGACACCGAGAGAGAGAGAGAGAGAGGGAGAGGGAGAGGGAGAGGGAGAGAGAGAGAGAGAAAGAGAGAGAGCUGGGAGAGGGUUUGUCAGUCUCCCUCCUCCCAAAUCCAGAAAAGCUUACCAAGGAAGAAGGAGGAGUGCCGGGGCUGAGAGAGAGAGACGCAGAGGAAUCCAGAGGAAUUUCCGAGGAUAUUUUUUAUUUUUUUACCCUUCUUGAUAUUUAAAUUAAAUAAUAACAAUAAUAAAAAAAGUUGGAGGCAAAGGCAGCGGGGACCGCGAUCGAGGAUGGACGAGCAGCCGCGGUUGAUGCACUCCCACGGGGUAGGCAUGGCCGGACACCCCGGCCUGGCGCAGCAUAUGCAGGAUGGCACGGCGGGGACGGACGGGGACGGAAGGAAGCAGGACAUCGGAGACAUAUUACAGCAAAUAAUGACUAUCACAGACCAAAGCUUAGACGAAGCGCAGGCGAGGAAACAUGCACUGAACUGCCACAGAAUGAAACCUGCCCUCUUCAACGUCUUGUGUGAAAUAAAGGAGAAAACAGUGCUCAGUAUCCGAGGCGCCCAGGAGGAGGAGCCUCCAGAUCCACAGCUGAUGCGACUGGACAACAUGCUGCUGGCGGAGGGCGUGGCUGGCCCGGAGAAAGGUGGAGGGGCGGCAGCCGCAGCAGCUGCCGCGGCGGCCGCUGGUGGCGUCGGCGCCGAUAACUCAGCAGAACACUCCGACUAUCGGGCCAAGCUGUCGCAGAUCCGACAAAUUUACCACACAGAGCUGGAGAAGUACGAACAGGCGUGCAAUGAGUUCACCACCCAUGUGAUGAACCUGCUGAGGGAGCAGUCUCGAACACGACCCAUCUCGCCCAAAGAGAUCGAGCGCAUGGUCAGCAUCAUUCACCGCAAGUUCAGCUCCAUCCAGAUGCAGCUGAAGCAGAGCACCUGCGAGGCUGUCAUGAUCCUGCGCUCACGCUUCCUCGAUGCCAGACGAAAGAGGAGGAACUUCAACAAACAGGCGACAGAGAUCCUGAAUGAGUACUUCUACUCCCAUCUCAGUAACCCCUACCCCAGCGAGGAGGCCAAAGAGGAGCUGGCCAAAAAAUGCAGCAUCACAGUGUCACAGGUGUCGAACUGGUUCGGUAACAAGAGAAUCCGAUACAAGAAAAACAUCGGCAAAUUCCAGGAAGAGGCCAACAUGUACGCAGCCAGGACCGCGGUCAGCGCAACCAGUGUGUCUGCCCAAGGCAGCCAGGCAAACUCGCCAUCAACUCCCAACUCAGCAGGUUCUGCUGGCUCUUUUAACAUGUCAAACUCCGGAGACUUGUUCAUGAGUGUGCAGUCCCUCAAUGGGGACUCGUACCAAGGGGGGCAGGUUGGGGCCAACAUACAAUCCCAGGUGGAUACCCUUCGCCAUGUUAUCAGCCAGACCGGCGGAUACAGUGACAGCCUCGCAGCCAGCCAGAUGUACAGUCCACAGGGCAUCAACACAAAUGGCGGCUGGCAAGAUGCUCCGACUCCUUCGUCAGUGACAUCGCCCACAGAAGGACCCGGGAGCGUUCAUUCGGAUACUUCCAACUGAAUAUAUCCAUCUCUACAGCUCAUCCACAAGAAAAAACAAACAUGGACUGACCUUGCUAUUCACAGUGUUAAAGAAAGGAAUUCACAUCUCAGUGUUUGGAGAGUUACUGUGAAAACCUAACAAAAAAACAAACAAAUAAUAUUUCCUCUGCUUAGAACGUUGGACAUUUGGGAUACAAACAAAAAGUUUCACAAUAAAAACGAAAACAAUGCCGCAGACAACGGAGACAUUUGUACAGAUUUCACAUUAUAUUCAGAGGGCUGGGGUUACGUCUUCACUCGUAAUGUUUUCAUUAUGAUGAAAUGAUAUGAUUAAGUAAUGAAAAUCAAAUCAUUGAUUUUAACUGAAAAUACUUCAUUCUACCUCUCAGCCACUUAAAAAAAAAAAAGUAGAAAAAAUUGUCAGUGACCAUUAUUUGUUUUGUAAAAUGAAACUUUUGUCUUUGCAAGCAAGGGGCACAUCUUCUUACUUACAUUUUGUUGUCUCUCACCUAUUCUAUGGUACGCCAUUUAGACUUAAAUAUUGCUCAGUUGUUUACAAUGUGUGCUUGAUAAAAAAAGUAUGUUCAUCUUCCCCUCUGUCUCCGACGAGUCAAAGCAGACAUCUUACCUCUAAGGUAACCCUGUGAAGUAUGUUAUCUGUAAAACAAUAAAGAAAUACUUGUCAUCAAUUGGACAAGCUUGACAUCAUUCAUUAAGGCGGAGGAUAUAUCAGCUUAAAACUAAUUAUUUUACACGCCGUUGGUUUUGGUUCUGCAGCAUCUUGGUGGAGUGGCAAUCGCAAUGAGAAAAGGAGGAUUUUUUAUUUUUCACUUGAAUCCAUCAUUGUUUUCCACCGUCACCGCUGCAGUAGAGAAGUUUCUGACGAUGCCAAACUGCUGACGUAACCAAAACAAAACCGUCAAGAGAAGUUUGUCAACGUAAAGCCAGUUUGAAUAUAUCAUUUCCUCACAUCUUUACACCGUCAUCUCUUUAUCUUUUCAUUCAAAUCACCAUCUUCUUCAAUUUACCUUUGGUGCUACGAUCAAGUGAACAAUACCGUCCCACUGAGAGAAGUAUCACCUUCUGCACUGAAGACAGUCUGUCACGGACGUCUGUAACCGAGUUUGUGUUUCAGCCCAGGAAGUCAUUAUGUUGAGAGAGUUUUAACGCACUUGCUCGGUGGAUCCUCGCUCCUGAAUCUGCAGGGCAGGUCCGGAGAUGCUCAGAGCGUUGCAGCCACUGAUCAUCGCCGUGCAAGAAACAUCUGGACACACCUGUUCCGCUGCUCCGCUGAGGACACGCUGAUGAAAAGAUAAUGUUGUGUUUCACCUUUUUUUUUGUUGAACUGUGUCCUCUUCCUCGCGCUAAUUCACACAUGAAUCAGUAUAUUACUCUGCUGGUACUGCUUUAGUCGCCCGAGAACUGACGCCAAAACAAAUGUAGACACGUUGCUUGUCUCACUACUAUCAGGCUGAUUUUUUUUCAGUGUCAGACAUUUAUGAAGAUUGUAAAUGUUAACCAUUUAGCACUAAAGAAGGGGCGAGUCAUUAUGUGGGAUGAUGUGUUUUCUGACCAGUCUAACAUUGUUUAUAGACACUUUUUUAUGUUGUGUGGCCUACUUGUUUUUGUAUUCUGUUGUUUUUUUUUUAUUGUUAUGCUUAAUGUUGGCUAUUACUUUUUGCUUUCCUACUCUCGUGAAUUAGCUCAUGAACUUUCAACAUGUGUUUAUGUGCACCAUUGUGCUUGACUUGCUUUGUUGGAAAGGGUUUUCAACACAUUAAAAACGAUAUGUCAUACAGCGAGA